CUGUCAAAAAUUGUUCGAAACAUCUUUCUUAGUGCUGUGAUAAACAACAAUUGAGGCUAAUUACUACAACAAAUCACUAUAAAUUGUAUCUCACACCUACAUUUUUAUACACACAUCUGAUUUCAAACAAAAACGACUUGUUUCUGGCACGUCCAGCGCUUUGUGUAAUGUGUGAUAAUUGAAAAUCCGCGCGUUAUGGCAUCUGGUUCCAAAAACGAUAUAGUUAAUAGAUUACUUAACAUAAGAUUAGAUGAUGGAGGUGGUGGAGAUGAGCCGCCGCCGCAGAACAUGCUCCCGUCCAACCAGCAGGCGCGGCAGCUCGGGCAAAUACAAGAGGAAGACAACGGAGAAGUGAGCGAGCCAGCCCCCUCAUCCGCCGCGAUAGAGAACCCUCAACCAAUUAAUAACACUGGCGGCCGCCUGCACAACUGGCAGGCGACGAAGACGACCGUCAAGGAUAGGCUGUCGUUCCUCUUUAACAAUGAAAUUCUAAGUGACGUGCAUUUCAUCGUCGGCAAAGACGCCAACCAGCAAGUGAUACCGGCGCACAAGUUUGUGUUGUCCGUGGGCAGCGCGGUGUUCGACGCCAUGUUCAACGGAGUGCUGGCCACAAAGUCUGAUGAGGUAGAGCUGCCUGAUGUGGAGCCCGCAGCCUUCCUACAUUUGCUAAAGUUCCUAUACUCAGACGAGGUGCAGAUUGGGCCAGAGAGUGUGAUGACGACACUAUAUACUGCCAAGAAGUAUGCUGUGGCUGCACUGGAAGAGCAUUGUGUUGAUUUUUUAAAAAGUAAUUUGGGAACUGAUAAUGCAUUUCUGUUAUUAACUCAGGCUCGGUUGUUUGAUGAGCCACAGUUGGCCUCUUUGUGCCUGGAAAUUAUAGAUAAGAAUACUGCUGAUGCAUUAAAUGCUGAGGGCUUCACAGAUAUUGACCAAGAUACACUAAAUGCAGUUUUGGAGAGGGAUACUCUACGCAUCAGAGAGGCUAAAAUCUUCUCAGCAGUAAUCCGCUGGUCGGAAGCAGAAUGCAUAAGAAGACAGUUACCAGUUACACCUUCCAACCAAAGGAUGGUUCUUGGAAGAGCAUUCAACGCCAUCAGAUUUCCCCUAAUGUCGGUAAAAGAAUUUGCCAUGGGUCCUGCGCAAAGUGGUCUCCUGGAUGACCGGGAGAUUGUACAACUGUUCCUAUACUUUACCGUGAAUCCUAAACCUAAUGUUGGGUUCCUAGAUGCCCCAAGGUGUUGUAUGACUGGCAAAGAACUGACGGUGAACAGGUUUCCCCAGACAGACUCCAGGUGGGGAUACUGCGGAACUACUGAUAGGAUUAGGUUUACAGUUGAUCAGAGAAUUUUUGUAGUCGGCUUUGGACUGUAUGGAUCGUAUUAUGGGCCGACGGAGUAUGAGGUGCAUUUACAGAUUGUCCAUUUGGCGACGAAAAAAGUAUGCGGUUCAAAUACGACGACUUUAUGCUGCGACGGUACAGACGACACUUUCCGCGCCAUGUUCAAGGAGCCAGUAGAGAUCCUACCCAACACUUCCUAUAUAGCCUGUGCUAAACUUAAGGGCACCGAUUCUUACUACGGUACAAAAGGCCUUCGGUGGGUAACAGUCGACUGCAAUAACGGUGAGAAGGUCGUAUUCCAAUUCUCUUACGCUGCCGGCAAUAAUAACGGCACCUCCGUAGAGGACGGCCAAAUACCGGCCAUUAUUUUCUACAUUUAAUAUUUUAAUCCCGCGUAUAUAGUGGCAACAUUUGUAGCUGGUUCUUAAAUUAAAUUUUGGGCUGGCAACACUUUAUUGAGGAUGUCAUGUGUGUAAUGCUUUUGUGUAGCAUAAAAGUGCAUUUAUAUCUGUUGUAUCAAGAUUUCUACGGUUUCUGGAAAUAUACCGCCAUUACUGGAAAAAGAAAGAAGAAAGAGAUAGUGGCUAGUAUAUCUCGUUUACUCUGACAUCUUGUUGUUUUUUUACAUUAGGAGCAUUACAUACAUGUCUAGAAGCCUUUUAUUUAUUACACAACCAAAUUAAAAUGGAGCGGGCCUUAUGAUAAGUGAUCUUUUUAAUAAUUAUGUAACAUCGAGAUUUGUAGUCUGAAAUUGAAUUCGUGCGUGCUUUGUGAAAUGGGCUGUCGUUUUGCAUCAAAACUUUUUUUCAGACCAGUUGCCCACUACCACAGGUUUCAGUUAAAAUUAUCGACUUUCAUUGGUAGAGGCAAAACUGGGUCUUAUGGACAUUGUAAUAAAUAUGUCACAUUUUCUAAGCUUUUGUACGUAGUGAAAACGUGGUUUUAAAAUAGAUAUCUUUCAAUAUAUUCGUAACUAUAUAGAUACAGACCCUUUUUAAUCAAUACUUUAGAUAUGCCGCUAAUAAAAGAGUGAUUUCAAAAUAACAUAUCAACCUUCUGCUUCGUAAAAAUUUUUAAAUUCAUAUAUUACUGUAGGACAGGGGUUUUAAAUAAAUAGACAGUAUAAAUGCCAGUUCACGCUUUAAAACUAGCAAACAGGUAAUUGAAUUAAGUAUGUAUAGAAAUUUUGUACGUUUAAGGAACAGUAUUGCUAAAUUAAAACGAAUUUUAGUACAUUUUUGUGUCACAAAAUUAUUACGUUUAUUCUAAGGCUUUGCAAUAAAGAACUAGAAUAUUUUGUUAUAUUAAAAUGGUGUUGUGGAUUAUUAAUAUUAUUAUGAAUAUUGGACUUCAUCAACUACUAAUAUUUCCAGUAUUUUAUCUAAAUUUAUGUCCAAUUGAACUGAAAUCAUAGCAGCCAAAGUGUGCAGACUUAUAGGUACUCUAAUUAAGCAUUGUAUAUUAAACAAGACUUUACAAAACUGGCAAUACUAAUUUGAUAGCAGUGGAUAACACUACGGGAUUCUGCAUCCAACCUUCUUUGCACAAUAACCUCAGUGUUGCCAAUUAAUAAAGAGUCUUAGAUUUCUACUAUUAGAGAUUAUGUAUUGUUUUUCCUGUUUAAUAUGCAUUGGUGAUACUUUAAUGUUAAUAAAAAAUUGAGUAGUAUUAUUAUAUCGCUUCUUCUCUAAUUUAGAAAAGUAUAAAUAGUUACGCCAAAUUGUGAGAGAACUUGCUUGCUGGCAGAAUGUGGCAUUAUGUUGGCAGUGAAUAUUUAGCCAACAUUACAAUGCAAAAUUAAUAAAUAAAAGCUUUUAAAAACAAUUAUACUACAUUGUAAUCACAAUAUUACUGAAGCACAGUCAAUAUACUUUGACCUAUGGUUCAGCGCGGAGAGUGAGACGCCAAUAAGAUUGAACGAUUAUGAGUGAAAGAGAUAACUAUAAGUUUGUAGCGCACUUCAUACUGGUCAAGUUAUAUUGGCUGUAAACCUUCAUUUUUUACGUACAUCUGUGAUAAGCUUUUGAAAUGAAUGAACAACUUCAUAAUUGUAUUAUUAUAUUUUUGUUAUGUGUGUGGUAGCUAAAGUAUGUAUGGGACCAUAAAAAUGGUCGUUUCCUUUCAAAAGCGAAAUAAUUCCUAAAAUGAAUCUUGUUAGUUUGUAAAUAAGUUGAUUUAUUUAUUGUUAUAAUCUUCAUUUAAAUAUUUUAUUAUUUUAUCUGUGCGUCGAUUACGUUUAUGUGUUGAUAUUAGAAAAAGAUAUACAGUACCGCAUAAAUGUUUUUAAAAUUAUUAGAUUUGUUUAAAAUGCAUUUGAAUUGCAUUUUCCACAGAUUACAAUUUUAUUUAUUAUUGUUUAUUAAACUUGUCAAGUGAACUGCCAAAUAAAUAUUAUGAAACAUAAAUAAAUCCGUUAGGUAAAUCAUUAAUAUUUCUUUGGGCAUUUAAUCAUAUUUGCAAAUUUUGUAGUUUACUCAAUGCCAAAGUAAUUUAAAUCAUUUAUUGUAAAAAUAAAUGAUGGAUUUGUAUAAAAUGAUUACUUAUGUGCUAUAUGUAAAAUUGUUAGUCUUUUCUGUGGGUAUAAGUUAAUCCACUUGAUUUCAAGACAGCUAAAUGUUAUCUAAAGUCAAUUUUUGUCUUGAAAAUGGAAUGAUCUAUUUUUCUGCUCUCCCAUUAGUUAUUAAACCACACGAAUGGCUAACAAUAUCCAAUAAGAAUAAUAAGAGUUAUGUAAAUUCCAAUAAUACGUGUAUUCACAAACUCUUCCUUAGUAUUAAAUUAAUAGCCCUUUCUUUAAUAUUCAUAGACCGAAUAAAAGUCAAUAUUGGUACUUUCUAGUCAAAAUAAAUAUAUAUAGACAUGUCUUCAAUGUCUAAAAGGUGCACAGUCUUAUCAAAUUGGAUGUAUUUGUAAAAAUAUUUGCGAAUUUAUAUGUAUUUUACACAUACGUCAAUUUUGGUAAUGAUUGUAAAUCAAUCAGUCAAAAAUUAAACAUUAGUUUGAGAUUUUAAUUGUAGAUGUCUGGCAAGUUUGUAUGGAAAAAACAGUUGUGUCUACUUAGCUAAAAGGAUUCCAUUUGAUUCUGUAAUAAUUUCGCUCUUCAAACAUUAAACUACCUACUUACCUGUAUUAUUUUCAUUCCAUCAAGAAUUCAAGUUAUACCAAAUGGAAUCCUAGUCUUAUUUCAUUUCUUCCUCGAAAAUGUAUUGUUCUUGUUAUAUUUAUUUUUGUUUACACAGUUUGACAUUGUAUCUAAUUAAACCUUACUGUGUUUGUAUAAAGUUCGUAUUACAUUGCGUGGGAACCGAUGCAGGAAUUGAGGUGUAAUAAGCAUAAGAAAUGGAUUUAAAUGAAACAAUAUUUUGUAUAGAGGAACUGAUGUUGGUCUAGAUGUCGUCAAUAAAUAAUAACACUCAUAAAACUGCUGUUUUAUUGUAUUUAUAGCAUGUAGUCUAUCUAGUUCCUAGUAAUUACCUCACAGUCUCCUUAACCGAAACAAGAAAAGUAAAUUGAUGUAAGCUUUGACGCUUUUACUAUACCUACUCGGUCACGCAGAGUGAGCGCCCAAGUGGAAAUAUAACUAUUACUCUGGCAUCUUCUGAAUUUAUUCUUCAAAUCUGUGGAGUAACAUUCAGUCACAAUUCCUUAUUGGCGUGCUCCAAAAAUAGAUAUAAAAUGUGUACCUACCUAGUGAGUUUAGUGCAUUC